CUGGAGAGAAGAAGGAGGGAGGGAAAAAGCCAAAGAAAGGACAGAAUGAGAUCGUACGGGCUGAGGGGUAGGGGGGGCAUCUAAAAAAGAGAGGGACAGAGAAGGGAGAUAGAGGGAGGAACAGAACCAGACAGCCGAGAGAGGCAGAGAGAAAGGGGGAGGGAACAGAGAGGGUUACCUCAUCCAGAGCUGCCAGUGCUCACGGUGCAAGGGGAGAACUUGUGGGAAAGUAAACAGCACAGGAGAAUUCCAAUCUGUGUUCAGCCACUUCCAGCCCUCGCAGGACGCUAUAAAGAUGAGUGAGCUGGACCCAGCAGUGUGGUAAAAGCUCAGUUUAUGGGAGGUUACCAGGAUUAAAGGGUUACCAGAGAGCGCCUGAAGCUUCUCGGAGGACACACUACUGAGGACAAGGAGCAAUAAUGUCUACUAUGAUGUCGCAGCAACCACCAAAAGAGGAUGAAGAGGAGGAUGAUGAGGAACAAGGGGAAGAGUUUGUGUUUGACGACAGUGCAGAUGAGGAGAAACUUCAGGAAGACAGUAAAGGCGUCAGCUCAGACUGUGUCCCACCUGUCCAGUUGCUAAGAAAGGAGGACAGUGGGACAGCAAGCAGUGUAUCACAAAGUGACAGCACACAACUGUCCAAAACUGCAUCUACUGCUGGACUGGAGUGCAUUGCCAACAAUGAUGUAACUUCUGUUUCUAACACAGAUGUUCCAGUUACUGAGUCACCCAGCUGGGCCUCAUCAGCAGCAGCAGCAGCAGCAGCGGAGCCCAGCACCUCAGUUCCUCAUGUGGGAGAGGAGCUCCAGGGGCUUCCUCUGGCGCCGUCGGCUGUCGAGUCUUUGGCGGAUUCGGGAGACCACAGCAAAGAAACCGUCAAGGCAAGCUGCAGCUCGAGGAACAUCUCUGAAGCUCAUUGUGUAGCUGAAGCUGAGCCACAGGCAGCAGAUCCUUCAGAGGUGAUCUAUGAUGAUGUUCCAAGUGAAGAACCCCUCUCUCCCGAUGAAGAUAUGAUUUAUGAAGAUGUACAGAGAGACACUGGACCUGUGGAGGCAGGCAACGGAUGGAGCUCCAGUGAGUUCGAGAGCUAUGAUGAACAAUCCGAUAAUGAGACCAAACUACCAACAAGGAGCAAGCUCUCCCCCGACGUGCGUCGGCUGAAGGAUCGGUGUGCCAGGACCAAACGUGAACUGGCCAUGAGGCUGUCUGGAAAGCACAACUAUGACAUCAAGGUUCAGCAGCUCAUGAAGGCAGCGAGAAGCGGAACGAAGGAUGGGCUUGAAAGGACCAAAAUAGCCGUCAUGCGGAGAGUUUCCUUUCUGCAAAGAAAAGAUCAAUUGGAAGAGGAGGAUGAUGCAGGAUAUCUGGACGUGGCUGUGUCAGAAGUGAAACAUCCUCCCCCACAGCUGAGCUCGAUGCCAGUGGGGCUGACCAGCCACCAGGUUGUCAGACGCCAUAUCCUCGGCUCCAUCAUUCAGAGCGAGCGGAGCUACCUGGAGUCUCUCAGGAGAAUCUUGCAGGAGUACCACAGACCAUUGAUGGAAGCUGAUCCACGCAUUCUGAGUCCACGGAAGAUCCGGCCCAUAUUUUACCGAAUCAGAGAGAUCACGCAGUGCCACUCCAUGUUUCAAAUUGCUCUGGCAUCACGUGUGGCUGAGUGGGACUGCACCGAGAAAAUUGGAGACUUAUUUGUUGCCUCGUUUUCCAAGUCAAUGGUUCUGGAUGUAUACAGCGAUUAUGUGAACAACUUCACCAAUGCCAUGGCUCUCAUUAAAAAGGCGUGCAUGUCCAAGCCAGCUUUUCUGGAAUUCUUAAAGAAGAAACAGGCGUCCAGUAUGGAUCGGAUCACUCUGUAUGGCCUCAUGGUUAAACCCAUUCAACGAUUCCCUCAGUUCAUAUUGCUCCUGCAGGACAUGCUUAAGAAUACACCGAAGGGCCACGUGGAUCGCCUGCCCCUGCAGCUGGCGCUCACAGAGCUGGAGAUGCUAGCUGAGAAACUGAAUGAACAGAAACGAGUCGCUGACCAGAUUGCAGAAACUCAACAACUGGCCCGCAGCGUCAGUGAUCGCCUGCUCAGUAAGCAACUGAACUUGGAGCAGGGGUCACUGGUCCUUUGUGAGACGCUUAUUGAGACUGUGUACGGCGAACGGGGACAAGUCCUGAAGUCGAAGGAGCGAAAGGUCUUCCUCUUUGAUGAUUUGCUCAUCUGUGCCAACAUAAAUGUCAAGGGGCCUCCGGAUAUCAGCAGCCUCGUCCCUGUCGGCCCCAAGUACACAAUGAAGUGGAGCGCCCCCUUACAGCAGGUGCAAGUAGUUGAAGUUGGGCAGGAGGGCUCUCAAAACAAAGACACCUUGUUCCAGCAGAGUGGGACCAAAAGGCCAAGUGGGACGUGCACUUCAGGUAAAGCGAUCCUGGGACCUCCACGGCUCUACCAGGAGCUGCAGGAACUGCAACACGACCUGUCUGUGGUUGAGGAGGUCACUCUCCUUGUGGGCACACUUCAGGGGACGUACCAGAACCUGAACACCACUGUGGCCCAGGACUGGUGUCUGGCUCUGCAGAGGCUUAUUCGCAUCAAAGAAGAACAGAUCCAGAGUGCUAACAAAUGUCGCUUACGCCUGCAGGUGCCUGGCAGGCCAGACAAGUCAGGGCGUCCUGUCAGUUUCAUGGUGGUCUUCAACACUCCCAACCCCCUUAGUAAGAUCUCCUGGGUCAACCGUCUGCACUUGGCCAAGAUUGCACUACGAGAGGAGAAUUCACCAGGUUGGUUAUGUGGAGAAGACGAUGGGAAGACGAUAGCCUCGUUUUGGUAUCCUCUGCUUGCUUGUAACAUGACUGUCUUUGCUACGAAGUCUCCAGAGAGAAAGCUUGAGGCUGCCCUCCACAAUCCUGUUCACUGUGCGCUGCUAGGCUUCUCUGCAGCGAGUACCUCCUUACCUCAAGGCUACCUCUGGGUGGCUGGUGGAGGAGAAGGUUCUCAAGGGCAGAUAGAGAUAUUUUCCCUCAACAGGCCCAUGCCAAGGGCUGUAAAGAGCCUGCAGGUAGGCUCUGCUGUCCGAUGUCUGGAAUAUGUGCCGGUACCGACUCCAACUGAGGACGUGGAGGCGGGAGUUCACAAGGCCGCCUCAGGGAUCGGCACCAACAUUUGUGUUGGAUUAGAUGACGGCCGCAUACUGGUCUAUGGCAGUGUGGACACUGCAGCACAAUGCCUACUGACCCUCCGUAACCCAGAGGGCUGCCCUGUGCUAUGCCUGAAGCACUCCUCUCGCUUCCUGUUUGCAGGCCUGCGGAAUGGGACCGUGAUGGUUUAUGGAAGAAAUAACAGUGAUGAUCUUUGGGUCCCUGACUCGUGUAGAUGUGUGACCCUGGGUUCAGAACCAGUUCGGACACUGCUGGUGCUCGAUGAUUCAGUGUGGGCGAGCUGCGGGAACUCAGUCACAGUCAUAGAAGCCUCCAGCCUCAGUACUCAGAAAUUUGAAGUCCAUCCAGACCCAAUGGUCAGCGUAGCACACAUGGCAUGUGCUGGUGGAGGUGUGUGGAUGGCGUUCUCAGAGGGUUCCUCCAUUCGCCUCUUUCAUACCGAAACACUGGAACUUCUGCAGGAAAUCAACGUCUCAACACGUGCUACACCGCUGAACACAGGUCAGAAGAGCAUGCGAGUCACCAGUCUUCUAAUUUGCCAGGGGCUGUUGUGGGUGGGCACAGCCCAAGGCUUAAUUAUCACUCUUCCAGUUCCCAAACUGGAGGGCAUCCCCAAAAUAACAGGAAAAGGAAUGGUCUCUUUAAAUGCCCACUGUGGACCUGUGGACUUCCUGGUCACCACCACCAGCACUCUGGCUCCUGAACUGCUGAAGAGGGAUUCUGUUGUGGAUGGCCCAGACUCUGCCUGUGGAGGGGAGGACCGCAGCGACACCUCCUCUCAGGAAUCACUGCAACAGUCCUACCAGGGAGAGGGCAGAGGCAAAGGACGGGGUGUUCUGCUGCAGUACAAGCUGCGCUCCACAUCUGGGCUGCCCGGACGGCCAUUAACGGCACUGGGCGACGAGGCAUCCGACUCUUCCAUGGAGUCUCUGGAGCACAGCGUGGAAGACGGAUCUAUCUAUGAGCUCAGUGAUGACCCAGAAAUGUGGGUUCGGGGACGUCCUUGUGAGAGGGAUGGGGGGCGCAGGGACAGAGUGAUCUCUGCAGCCGUUAUCUCUGGGGGCAAGGGUUUUCGCAGAUUGAAGGAAGGAGGAGCAGCAUUAGGUACUAGGACAAGCGGGGAGGGUUUAGAGAAUAUUCUAAUGGUAUGGCAGCUCCCACUGACAGUGUGAUAUGGAAAAUAUAUGGCAAGGUGAUGUGUAUUUAUGGAUGUCUACGCAACUUACAACAACUCACCUGCUCUAUAAAUUCAAGGGAUUUGAAUAUAUGAUGAGGAAGUGUUGCCACUGUUACAGAGCUUGACAUUUUAUGAUUUAGCCUGUGGAAUAAGGAACCCAAGACAUGCUGUUUAUGAGAGGCAUUGUCAGCCCAUAGGAGGCUGUGAAUGUUCUAAAUUGUUUGUCAUCAGCUGCACAGCAACUGCACAGGCCACCACACAUUAGUUCCAUGUGAUUGUUUUGAUCUGGUUCCUCUUCCUGCGUUAGUUAAGAUUGAUAUGCCUCAAUUUAACCUCAUCAUUGCUGCGUGUGCUCUGCCACAUCUAUUUUAUGCAAACGACUCCUUUGUGAGCACCCAUGGACAGCACGCCUUUGAGAAGCAGCCUUUGUUGAAUCUGCCAUGCUCUGCCGAGUUAGAAAUGGACGUCUUUUAUCCAGUCCUGUGGGAGAGAUCCCAUCUGUUUAGAGCUGAAAGCUGGGGACUACCAUCGCAUCACAAAGCACAUUAGCACAUCACUUUAUUAGCUUUGCCAGCCUUUCUCUCAUCCCGUACAAUGUGAAUGUACAAUACCUUCUAUUGUGUCUCAAAACUGAAUCUGAGCUCUCUUAAGAAAAAGCAUUUCAUUUUUCCUGUUUUGUUGCAGCUGUAACAAAAAAUGUUUUCUUUUUUGGUUAUGAAAAAAGCAUUGCUCCAAGAGAUUGUUGGGGAGGGUCAUGCUAAUACAGACUGGCUACAGAAGAGCUGUAAAAACAAACAGAUUUGCAAAGCAGGUUAUGAGAGUCAAAUGUGCUAUUAUUCUGCAUUACAGCAUCUAUAUUUAAACUGUAAAAUUACUGUAAUUAUUGCAGUUUUAGAAUUAAUCAAAUUCAAUCUUACAAAGCCAGAUUUUAGAGUGUUAUCUUUCCUAAGUACUGUAAAUGUCGGAUAUCUAUUUGUUUAUUUACUGGCAUCUAUCAGCUAGAUUAAACAAAUGUGCAGGCUUGUUAAUACUCGACUCACAUUAGCUGGAAACCUCAGUCACACAUCAAAAGCCAGACUCCAACGAGUGAUGAAAUAUAGGUGUUGCAGCAUCUGAACUGCUGUCGGCUAUGUAUCAACAGAGGGAACCUACCUAAGAGAGACACCAAUGAGCAUGUUUACAGGACCAUUGAUUUUCAAUAAUAUUGAAGGUGAUUGUGAUUAAAGUUGUUGUUUUCCAUGCAUAGCAAAUGUCUGUAUUACAAUUAACAGAUUGUGAUGAUGUAUAUUACCAAUGAUAUCAGCUACGAUUAAGUCAUGGAAACCUUGUCCAAUUUACAUUUGCAUUUUAAUGCAAAUAUUUGGUAAAUACUUGGAGUUUAAUGCAAUAUUAAUAUUUUAUGAUAAGGGAAUAAAGAUGUCCCUUAUACAACCUGCCAUCACUUUGGAGUAGAAACUUCAUAACUCCAUUUUCAGUGGUUAUCAUAACUUCAGAUCAGCUGAAAGAAUAUGUGGUUUUUCUUUAACCUGAUACGAUUUUAAACCCUUUUAAAAACAUAUUUAAAAUGCAUUCUCCAUAUGCUAUGUACAGUUUGUUCUUUUUGUAUGAGGAUGGGAUACAUUGUUUGAACCCAACAGCAGCAGUUUGUUGAAUUGGAGAUGGUAUGAGAAGCACUCUGUGGUACUUUGAUGUAAGGUUUUCCUUCGAAAUGUCAUAAAUGAAAGUGGUAGCAGCAUUUGCAAGCUGGUAAACAUGGUAGACUAACGUGGCCAUGAAUCCAAGAGGUACAUACUUUACAAUGCACAUUGUUCAUAGUGGGUUGGGCAGUUCGUAGAGGCCACACAAGCAUCUCAAUAUGAACAGAGUUGUGUAGGUCCUGAAUAAACAGCGAGAAGGUUAAGGUUUUAGUAUAUCAUCUGUGCCAACCUCUAUUCCAGCUAGCCCUUCCACCACACAAGGAACCUCAUCCUAUCCCUUUGUCUUGAGGCGUGGGGCUCAUGUUUUGUAUUUUCUCCUAGGUACAUUGAGGUCUAUUUUCCCUUCUCUAACAAGUGAAAUUCAAAAACUUUUUAAACAUGUAGUUGUUAAUCCCUAUUCAGAAGUACAACAUGAUAAACAUAUGACACAACGUCACCUAAACAGUCCUUACUGAAGACAUCAAAACUAUAAAAAUACAUCUGGAUUUAUGUUGUAAACAAAACAAUGUAAAUCUUCAGUAUUCAUCUACAAUGUUCAAAAUAAUACAAAUAAAUAAAAACCACUGAAUGAGAAUGUGUGUCCAAACUUUUGACUGGUAGUGUUGUGAAGAGGAAAGGAAAUAUAACUGGAAUCAAACUGGGGAAGUUGUGGUUAUGUGGCAUGCGCUGUUAAAAUUUGGCAGCCAAGGUGCUUGAGUAGUUUGUUCCCCUUAACCAGCGGGUGUCUGUAUUCCUGCUAGAAAUAUACAUGUAAAGUAUUCCUUCUACUGGCAGGCCUUUGACGUUUUUUUUUAACCGUUUCACUGGCCCAUCUAUUGACUCAUACAUUUUAUUUGCUUACAGCAUAUGCCUAAAUGUAUUAUCCAUGCACUGAAUAAUAAUACUCAAGAAUGAACGUACUGUACUACUAAUUACAACUGUUACUGUACUAAUUAAACCUAUUUUCCUUUUUGUAAAAAAAAGAAGAAGUGCAACUCUGUUGAUGUUUUUGUGAGACUAUAUAAGGCAUGGUUUAUGAAAUUUAUUUUCCUGUGGUCUUAAAAGGGUAAUUGCCUCUUAUAUUUGUGCAUUUGGCUGUUGUUUCUAUCAAUUAUGAUGACAUGAGUUAAACGCUAAGAUCUGACAACUUGGUGACAUUAGUAAAAGAAGACUGGUGAGGUAAAAUAUGUCUGUUGUAAACAUCCAGCAUAGCUCACAGAUUUUGACCUGGCAUUGCGGCUGUAGUCUCGCUGUCCAAUGAAGCAUUAUUAUUGGCAAUAAAGGUGCACUCACCUUAAGUUCUUAUAGCUGUUGACUUAUUAGCUGUCAGACUUUGUUAUUGCAGUGUCAUUUCAGAUUUCAGUUACUCACAACUUUGGUGAAUUAAAUAUUACCAUGUCUGAUAGAAAUAAUGGCCAAACCCGCAAAAGAAUCAGAAUUAUACUUUAAGCAAAAGUAUUACACUUAAAACCGUCAUGGGCACAUGGAAAUGCAAUGCUCGUUUCCUUUGGGUACAGUACUUUAAUGUAACAUGCCUAAACAUUGUAUAACAAACAAAUAAUGAAUUAAAAACAUCUGUAACAAGA